CUCCAAAGUUUUCGUCUUUCUUCCUCUCACGUCUCAUCAGCCAUCGCCCCUAAAUAAUUUUUCUUUUAAUAUAAUGAAUCUCUCAGAUAUUUUUGUUUUCUUUCAACUUCAAUCCAAAUUUUACAUUGCAAUUUCGAGUUUCUAUACAUCAACCUACCGAGUUUUGUGAAUUUCGUCUUUUAUCAAGAAGACUCCAAUUGCUCCACCCUUGGUCUUGUCACUUGUGGAGUAAAGAAACAAACAAAAAAAUCACAAUUGUUUUCUUCAAGAAUCACCAAAACCAGUUUUAAUCAGAGACAACAGAGAGGCAUGUCAGGUGUUGGCAAUGAAGUGACAGGUAAAGUCAUUGUGAUUAUGGGUGUAAGCGGAGCAGGGAAAUCCACCAUAGGUACGAUGUUAGGAAAAGCUCUAUCUUGUGACUUUCUUGAUGCCGAUGAUUUUCACUCUUUGUCAAACAGAGAUAAGAUGCGCCAAGGCAUUGCUCUUUCAGACGAAGAUCGAAUGCCGUGGCUUGUCAAAAUACAAGAGAGUUUGCGAAAACGUUUACUAAAUGGAGAAACCGUUGUUCUCGCGUGUUCGGCAUUGAGAAGACAGUAUAGAGAGAUCUUGAGAGGUUCUGAUCCCGAUUACAAACCAGGAAGCUAUACGAGUUCCAAGGUUAAGUUUGUAUUAUUGGAAGGUAACGCAGAGGUGAUCGCUGCUCGGUUACAGAAGAGAGCUUCUGAAGGAGAACAUUUCAUGCCUCUCACUCUUCUUCAGUCUCAGUUUGAUCUGCUUCAAGCUGAUGAAUGUGAAAAGAUAUUCAAAAUCAGUGUUGUUCUAACCCCUGAAGUUAUAGUCAACUCAAUUCUUGAAAUGGUUACUAAUUCUUCGAACCCCUGAGAGUUGAGAGAAGACUUUACCCAAAUUAAAAAAAAAAACAAAACCUAUUAGUCUAUUAAUCUUUAUUCAUCUUUUGUAUUCAACAUAUACAAUAAUUAAAACUUACUUUCAUGAUUAAAAUGGAUUUUUUAAAA